GUUCAAGUCUAGUUUUUUUUUUUUUCAAAACAAAAAAAAAAUUAAUUUAACACCAAAAUUUAGUAGGGGGCAUUUGCCCCCAAUGAGAUCAGCCCCUAAAUGAUUCUCUGUUUGAUCCUUUCUUCUCUGUUGGAUGUCUGGAUGACUGAAACCAUCCGAUUUCAUUGUCACUCCGCUGAGUUCAUGUAAAAAGCCUAUCUCUUUCUGAUGUUGACUCCAUAACACUUUGUUCUACAAGAGUAGGUGUCUUGAGUGUACUACUCUUCAAGGGUUUAGUAUAAUUAUUGAUUUGGAAUUUCUAGUAUGCCGUUUUAGAGUGAUGAUAAAAAGAUCAAAGCUUCCCAUUCACAUUCAUGGGAAGUUGCAGAUUUUCUUCAAGAACUCCAGUUUUGCAUUAUGUUCUUGUGGCCUUGAUGAGAAACACAUGAGUUUGGAUUCUAAUGGUAUAGGGUCAGAAUCAGAAAAUGAAUGGGAGAGAUUGCUUAAGCCUUAUGACCUCAAACAACUUCGGGAAUCACUUAAAAAGAUUAGCCCUUAUCAGCUAAAUAAGCUACUGGCACUCCCUUUGGAUGUACCGACAUCAAUGGAGCUAUUUGAAAGGGCUGGUAAGCAGAUAGGGUAUAGUCACACAUAUGAUGUGUACUAUACUUUGAUUGAUAAGCUUGGGGCUGCAAAUGAAUUCAAGGUUAUAGAUAGGAUGCUAUUGCAGAUGAAAGACGAAGAAAGUAUAGUUUUCAGGGAGUCCCUUUUUAUAAUGAUAAUGAAGCAUUAUGGGAGAGCUGGUUUCCCCGGGCAGUCAACCAGAUUACUUCUAGAUAUGAAAUGUACAUUCUCUUGUCAACCGACUUUUAAGUCGUACAAUGUUGUGAUUGACAUUCUUGUGGUUGGCAAUUGUCCUAAAGUUGCGCAAAAUGUUUAUUAUGAUAUGUUGAACAAAGGUAUAUCUCCUACUGUGUGCACUUUUGCCAGAGUGAUACAAUCAUGUUGCAUGGUCAAUGAGGUGGACACUGGAUGCUCACUUCUUCGGGAUAUGAUGAAACAUGGGUGUGUCCCUAAUUCAGUAAUUUACCAGAUGCUGGUACGUGCACUCUCACAUGCUAAAAGGGUGGAUGAAGCGCUCCAACUGUUAGAGGAGAUGUUCCUUAUGGGUUGCAUCCCAGAUGUUAAUACUUUCAAUGAUGUUAUACAUGGGCUUUGUCACACGGGUCGAAUUCACGAGGCUGCUAAGUUAGUUGAUAGGAUGUUUGCUCGCGGUUUCGUCCCGGAUGCUAUAACGUAUGGGGUGUUAAUGCAUGCUUUUUGCCGGUGUGGGAAGGUGGAUGAAGCAAGAACUCUUCUAAAUAAAGUGCCCGAUCCUAACAAUGUCUUGUUUAAUACUUUAAUUAAUGGUUAUGUGAGUACUGGGCAACUGGAUGAAGCAAAAGCUCUUGUUGAUAAGAUCGUGUUGGCUAGUGGCUAUCAACCAGAUGUUUAUACAUAUAAUAUUCUGAUUCGGGGUUUUUGCAAGAAAGGAGAUCUGUCUUCUGCUAUUGAAACACUGAAGGAAAUGUCAGUCAGUGCUUCAAAGCCCAAUGUAGUUACAUAUACUAUGAUAAUUGACGGGUUCUGUAAUCUAGGUCUGUUAAAGGAAGCUUACCAGGUAAUCAGUAAUAUGUCCACACGUGGGCUCAGCCUGAACACUGUGGGCUAUAACUGUCUUAUAUCCGCUUUGUGCAAAAAGGGGAAUAUCCAAGAAGCAUUUGAAAUGUUAAAUGAUAUGCGGAAUAAAGGUUGCAAACCUGACAUUUUUACUUUUAAUGCAUUGAUUCUUGGGUUUUGCAAAAUUGAUAAGAUUGACCAGGCACUAGGGAUGUACUUGGAAAUUUUCCAGGAGGGAAUCAUUGCUAAUACAGUAACCUACAAUACAUUAAUUCAUCAUUUAUUGAAAAAGGGUGCAACCCGAAAAGUACAUAUGCUUGCCAAUGAUAUGAUCUUCAGAGGAUGUCCCUUUGACGAAAUCACAUAUACUGGACUCAUCAAAACACUUUGCAGAGAUGGAGAAGUUGAGAAAGCAUUAGCACUUCUUGAAGAAAUGUUGAGUCAGGGCUUCCAACCAAAUAACAUAUGUUGCAAUAUUCUGAUUAAUACCUACUGCACUUUGGGGAAGGUACAUAAUGCACUGGAGUUUCUGAGAGAGAUGGUACUCCGAGGAUUGGCACCUGAUAUCGUUACCUAUAACAGCUUGAUAAAUGGGUUGUGUAAGAUGGGGAAAGUACGAGAAGCACAGAACCUCUUUGAAAAUAUACAACAUGAGGGAGUUUUGCCCGAUGUAUUCACUUACAGUACUUUAAUUUUUACCUAUUGUAAAGCUGGGAUGCUAGGUGAUGCUUAUAUGCUUUUGAACAGAGGCGUCUUAAAUGGUUUCGUUCCCAAUGAUGUAACAUGGUAUGUGCUAGUGAACAACUUUGUUGCAGAAGGAUUGUAUUUUAGGCGAACAAGUUGAAACAGUUCUUGGUCUAAAGUGGGUUCCUUCUGGAUGACGAAACCCGGGCUGUGCUAGUGAACAAUUUAUGAGUUGCAAGAUGGUCUGAAGCUUCAUGGAUCAUAAUUAGAAGCUCUUACCCGAACAAGAUGACACGCCACUGACCAAGAACCAUACAGAUGGCUUGUUUGUUGGAAGACCGAAUUACCCGACAACCAAUGGUCCAGAUAUUUCUUAUGCGUUUUAAGAGCUGUUUGGACGACAUAAUUUCCAAAGCGAUCACGGGCAAUGAUCAAGAAUGUCUUUUCACAGCCCAGAAGGCUCUCCACUACAGACUCCAAUCCAUACUCAGAUGCUUGUAUGCAUUUCUCCACAACAUGGCUUCCACUCUUCUUCAGAGCCAGGUGUAUGAAAUGCCUCCUGAGGCGAUCACAUAUUUUUCGUGUGAUUUCGUUGUUUUUAAGCAUCAGAACUUCCUGGACGACAUGGUUCCUGUCAGAAAGGAAGAAGAUACAACAUAAGUUUCAUCAUUCAGCCGAAGAGUGCAAAACUUGUGAGUUGAAAUUCAGAUUCGUUUCAGAAAAACAUGUACCCGUAAGGAUCGUAUGACAGGAACUCCGAUUCUUCUGCUAUAUUUUCCAGCAGUUGAAGUCUAUGGACACCACAGAUGCAACUUAGGCAUAUAUUCAAUGAUGCACACCCAUAUACUGAUGUUGCCAGCUCUCUGAAGUAAAAUAUUGUACUAUUGAAUAACACCUGCAAUAAGUUGGGAAAUUAAUU